UUACAGUAAAUCCAUCCAGAAGUUCAAACGCAAAUCAUUCUACCAAGCUCAACGAGACGUAAGAUGAGCAUUCGGAAGAGAGAAUGGGUGUACGCUCGUUUGGAUCGCUGGUGCGGUUGGUAGGUAUAAGCUUGUCGGCGUUGGUCUUGGCGACUCUCGGAAAGUUUCAGAGCGAGUACGCGCUUCUAAAUGUUGAUGAGAUGCUCGCCAAUGUGUUGCAGCGACAGUCGUCGUCGUCGGAAACGUGGAGCAAUGUAGAUACAGAGGCCGAAGUCAAUCUGACAGUAGGCGCUGCCCUACCUCCUUCGACAGAAAAUGUCGUAGAGAAAGCAGCGCCAGCAAACAAGUCCAUCCAAGUCUCGCCAUCGUCCGUACCAGACCACGCAUUUCCAUCUACGGUCCCGGCCAGUAUCAACAAUGACGACUCCAUGCAGAAGCGGAAGAAAGGCAUGUACUCCAAUGCUCGAACGGACAGAUCAGGGUCGGUAAUCCAAGACAUGUUGGCUGCGCAUUCGUAUGCUUUCCACCAUAAUAUGACGUAUCCCGGCGCUUGUUGGACUGAUUCCAAGGCUCCCAACCAAGCUCGCAUCAAGACAAAUAAGCAGCUGUUUGCUGCUAUUGGCCUCGAAGACGAACUCACCUACGCCUGCCCCACGAACAUCAGUGACAUAGUCAAACGAGGUCGUUACGCAAACGUUGAUCGUCGGUGGUCUCGAGAAUGGCUAGCAUUUAUUCGGUCCAGGGUAAAGUAUCCCGAGAAAAAUGUUUCCGCUGGUCACCAGACGGCAGUGCAUAUUCGCCGUGGGGAUGUCAUACCGUGCCCCAAAAAUGGAUUGCUGAAACGAUACCGAUACUUGCCGAACUCGUAUUACCAUGCUGUGAUUGAUACGUAUGUUCCCUCCAAUAGCACCGUCACAAUUUACUCGGAAGAGGAGUCUUACGAGCCCUGGGACAAUUUCAGGCAAUACAACUUGCGCCUGAGUGCAAGUUUGGUGGACACGUGGCGAGAUAUGAUGAUGGCGGGCACUCUCAUCCUUUCCAGGAGUACUUUUUCCCUUGUCCCUGCUCUUUUGAAUAGGCACGGGACUGUAUGGUAUGCCCCGUUUGGGACGCCCAAGGUUGAUGGCUGGGAAGUAGUCCCAGAUAAUAUCACAGCAAUGGCUGACCGUGACUCUGCCAAACUGAGAAAAAAGGACGCCUGUGUCGCAAAAUGA